GCGUACGGUCACACCAAUGAAAAGCCAACUCAGCUGAAAGUGAACCCAUUUUUAUACACAAAAAUUAAUAGCUGCAGCGAAAUAAGUUGAUUAUUCACCCGACCACUGCGCCCCAAAAACAAUGCAAAAUGCGGCUGACCAACGAGAAAGCGACAAUGCAGCCCCAGCUGAGUGACUUGGCCCUGUUUGUGGGCCUGCUGAUCUGCUGUCUUCCAACUUUGACGUGGGCUGCGACUCUCUCCGACAAGCGACUGUGCGCCGACCCGAAAUGUGAACAAAUUAUCUCAACGGGCAUUGCCAAAAUCAGCUAUGCCACCGGCGGCGAGGGGCUGAUAUCCUUCAAAAUCAACUCCCCCAUUCGCGUCCUGUCCAAAAGCGCUGGCUCCAAUAGGCAGCUGUGGGGUGUGGACAUCAAUGGGCGGCGCGGCUAUGCCAAUAAGGACUUCAUCAUGGAGAAGAAGAUCCUGAUCAAGGACAAGGACCUGUUGUUCGAGGUUCCAGUGGUGGGACCUGGCAGUCCAGUGCAGACAUCGGAGACUCCGGUGAAGCCUGUGGAGACACCAGUUCAGCCCGUGGAGCUACCAGUUCAGCCCGUGGAGACACCAGUUCAGCCCGUGGAGCCAAAAGUUCAGCCCGUGGAGCCACCAGUUCAGCCCGUGGAGACACCAGUUCAGCCCGUGGAGACACCAGUUCAGCCCGUGGAGACACCAAUUCAGCCCGUGGAGACACCAGUUCAGCCCGUGGAGACACCAGUUCAGCCCGUGGAGACGACAAUGCAGCCCGUUCUAAACGCCUCUGAGUCAACCGAUGACCUGGCAACGACCACAACGUCACCACUUGAGGUUGCCGUUGAUUCAAUAGUGGUUGAACACGACAAGCUGCAGGAUCAGCAGGUUCCUGAUCCUACGGCGGCUUCCAAGGCCCCAGUGCAGGUUAUUGAUGGCACUGAGCUUCCCCUGGAAGCCAUUCCAGCUGUAGCCGAAGGUGCCAUUGUCUUAGGGAAUGCACAAGACCCCCAUGAAGCAACGAAAUCGGACUCGGCAGUUGUUGACACGAAAGAGCCACUGGCAUCAACUUCUGAGCCCAUUAAAUCGCAGGAAGAGUCAAAAACACAGGAACCUGCGAAAGAAGCUGAGAAACCUUCCCCACUGCCUCAGGCCAUCAACGCUGAACUUGAAGAUUUUGACGAUUUCGAUUACGGGGAUGACGAGACAGACACAGACGACGACGAUGACGACUCCAACCAAGGUAGUCAAGAUAACGAAUCCAUCACACAGAUAGGAAACGAUAACAAAACAAUUAACGAAUCGAUUGAACUAAACCCUCUUAUGGUCGAGCAACUGAACACAACUGAUAAAUUGGAGGAUACAAAGGAUGAGACUAAAGAAAAACAGGCAGAAGUGGAGGUCUCUAAGCAGGAAGCCUCUCUUUUACCUACUGUGGCGUUAAAUGGGUCGACACUGAUAGAGCAAAAUGAUCAGAAGGAAUCUGCCAAGCAGAAACUGGAUGCAGCCGUGGAAAUAAAGUCGGCAGAUCCUUUGCCAAUCGAAGCGGUCGCCGAAAAGGUUGCUGAACCUCUGCAAGCGUUUGUUGAAGAUGAAAUAAAUGAAGAAAUAGCUUCCGUUUCCGCUGAAGUCCAAGCUGAGCCUGAAAAAGAUAUCGCCACCGAACCUAUUGUUGCUCAAUCUGAUAAUGAAAUAAAACCUCUAUCCGAGCCAGAAAUCAGCUCAACCGCUCCUGUCGCUGAAGAGGCACCACUAAAAGCAGAGUCUGUCGGCCUGCCGCCCCUCUUUGAAAAGAAGAACUUUGAGAACCCCAAUGAUUACUAUAAGCAAUUACAAGAACAACAGGAAAAAGAAAGACUAUUUGUAGAGGCGGAGCAGCAGAAGAGGUUACAAGAGGAGGCGGAGCAGCAGAAAAGGAUGCAAGAGGAAGCAGAGCAGCAGAAGAGGAUACAAGAGAAAGCGGAACAGCAGAAGCGUUUACAAGAGAAAGCAGAGCUGGAUAAAAGAUUACUCGAAGAAGCCGAGCAACAGAAGAGGUUACACGAAGAAUCAGAGCAGCUGCAGCGAUCAAGUGAGGAAGCGCAGCCACAACUGAGCGUUCAGGUGGGCGAUUCUGUGGAUGCACAGUCCAACGACAUCGUUGAUAACACCAAUGAGCACAAGCCAGAGCAAUAUCAGCAGCACCAUCAUCAUCCAGAAAGUGCCUUUAAUUACCCGUCAACUGCAUCACAUACAACUCCAACGCCUGAUGCUGAAUCACCGUACGCAGCUAUUCAAGAUGAGACGACAGAUGCACCCCAAACAGAUAACCAUCGUCAGGGAGUUGGUUCCGUGGAGCCAGUAGCUCUGCCCGCGACGGCUAGCCCCGUGUCGGAAGUUACCGUCAAGGAGGAUGCCGCAGGCUUCGGUCUCUUUGCCACGAUUGUCGAUACCGUAAACAAUUUUAUCGGAAAGGAUCCUCAGAGUGCUCCAGCAGAUAGCAGCGAUGAACUGCACAGAAUUCUCUAUCCGGGAAUACCUGAGGUGCCAUCUACUCCAAAGAAGGCGGAAGACACUGCACCUGCCGAUGUGGAUGGAUAUUGUGCCCGGUUUCAAGCCCAAGAUGAGCACUGUCAUCGCUCAAUAUCCCUUGAUAAUUUUGUGGAAGUAAUGGCCGGCAAGCUGGUUGAGCAUAGCCAACUUUUGCUGUGCGUUGUUAUUGCGGCGACUUCUUCCUUGUUCUUCAUGUUUGCAUACUACUGCUUCUGCAACAGUAGUCAGGAGGGAGCACUUCUCUCGAAGCUGAACCAUUUGGAGCGCAGUCUGUUGGCCUCGCACAAGGAGAACCUGAUCAUUAAGCACGACCUGAUGACUACGCGAACAAAGUUGGCCAGCAUUGAGGACAACUCCUUUGGCUCAAACGACAUGGUGGCCGAUCUCAAAAAGCAGCUCGAAUCUGAGCUAUACGAGAAGGCUAAGCUGCAGGAGCAGGUUGGCUCACUAGAAAGGGAUCUGGAUAACGCGGCUGAGGCUGGCCUGGAGCUCAACAAGAUGCUGUCCGAAGUCCUGAACAGCCAAAAUGGUGAUGAGGCUUUCAUGAGCACCGUCGACGAACUGCAGCGUCAGCUUAAUGAGCAAGAAAAGAUCAUCAUCGAAAUCAACACAAGUCUGGCAGAGAAAAGUAGGGAAAACAGCGAACUGCAGUAUUCCAUUACGGAGGCCACGACACGCCUUUCCAGCGAGCUGAAGACGCUACAAGAGGAUAACUACGAGUUGGAGAUGGAAAAGUCUAAGCUGCAAACUCGACUUCAAGAAAUUCAGGCUGAAACGGAAACGGAGAUGGCCAAGGCACUAGAAGCAAGGAAUUACGAAAUGCAAAGGCUGCAAAAUCAGAUUGUCGAGCUGACUGCCAAGUGGGAGCGGGAGCAUGGCGAUCUGCAAACCAGUCUAGCAAAGAUCGAAGCUUUAGAAGAUUGCCUUAAGUCUGUGAAAAAGGAUACCAACCUCAAUGUCCAGGAGCUGAUCAGCUCGGCCAAGACACGCGGUGAACUCAACGCGGUCCAUAAGAAGGUAGUCGAGUUGCAGGCGAAGGUGGAGCAAGAAGUGGCUCACAAGCAGCGUCUGGAGAGCCAGCUACAGCAGUCAAGUCAAGACGUUGAGCAGCUGAAGCAGGACUUCAACCAAUCAGAGCGCGACAAGCUAGAAGCCCAGACGCGUCUUGAAGUCUUAUCCGGCUACUUCAGGGAGAAGGAGAACGAACUUAAGAAAGAACUUAGUCUGCAGGAGACCAAGUGGCUGCAGCACCAGGGAGAGAAUGCCAGCACAGUGGAGACCCAGACGCUGAUGAAGAACGAAAUCCAAACUCUGAAAUCUCAGAAUGACGAGCUGCGUGCCGAGAUUGAGGCCCAAAUAGCCUCCCACAAAGCUCAGAUGGGCACGCUGGAGAAUCGCGCUCAUGAGUCCUGGCUGGCGGCGCGCCAGUCAGAGCGCCGAUGCGAAGAAGCGUUGGCCGAAGCCGCCAGCCUGAGGCGCAAGCUGACCACGAUGGCCAGCGGAGGAGGAGGGGUAGGCGGAGAUCCAGGCGUAAUGGAAGCCAUCGCCGCCAAUGGAGCAUCUGUGCUGGGGGCGGAACUGAAAACGGCACCAUCGCCGCUCCCCUUGCCGGGUUCACCACUACUGAACAUGCCAAAUCCACUGCCAUUCCUGGCGGCACCCUUCUCACCGUUCAUGGGUCUGCCGCCGCCAUUCCUGCCGCCAACUGGAGCGGGAGGAGCACGUCCUCCGCCACUGGGACGCAUGCGCUCCCCGCCGCCAUCGAGCCGCGGCGAUCGCGAUCGGGAGCGAUACUCAGACUAUAGCGAUUACGAUGACUACGACGACGAUGAGGAGGACGACCGGGGCAUGGACCGUCGUCGAAGGCACAGCGGCAGCUGGGGUCGCCGGCAUCGCGGCUCCUACAGCCACUCGCCGCGCACAUAUCGCUCGUUGUCGCCGUCGGACAGUCGGUACAACUACAACGACACGGAGACUGACUUCAGUCCACCCCCAAGUCCGCCACCCGUGUCCUCGGGACGCAGCGCGACAUCGCGACCUUACAGCGAGGUAUAGGCGGAUGGGUGUUCCCGUGCAACCAAGUCCUACCAAGUAUAUUAGACUCAAAACUAGUUCAAAUAUAUUUAUUAAUCAACGAUUAUCGAACGGUCGGAUCGGAGCGGGUCGGGACGGCCUCUUAAACCGAUUCCCCAAAACAGGGAUCUCAGGAGAAUUCAUCAACAACUUAGAAAACUCCUGUCUCAACGGUGAAUGAUAUCCAAGAAAAUUGAAACAAAUUAAACACAAUGACAAACACCAAUCCAA